AUGUCGAACUUGAUACCAUUUGUACAAGCACUCCCGCACGUGGCCCUAAAACUCAGUUCGUCUCUCACUUGAAACCUCACUCACUCCCGCCGCGCAAGCCGUCACAGCACGCUAUGUCAGAUUCCAUACUUUCAUCCAUAAACCCUCCCAAAACCUUCCACACCAAAAUUCCACUCAUCACCAACCCCAUUUCCACAACCACAAUCGCUUUCAAACCAAACAAAUUCAAAAUCCCAACCAUGAUUUGCGCUUCAACGACGCCAAAACAAGGUGAAAUUCAACCUUCUUUUGGAGAUACUCUCAUCAACAACACUCGCAAACAACAACUUCUGGACCCCAUCACUUCUUCUCUCUCUAAUUGUCUCUCUGAAACAAACCUUCAUUUCGCUCUUCCUCAACUCAAAUCCAAAAUUCGCGGCAAAGUUCGAGAUAUUUAUGACAGCGGGGAUUAUCUUGUUUUAGUGACUACUGAUCGUCAGAGUGCUUUUGAUAGGGUUCUUGCUUCCAUUCCUUUUAAAGGCCAGGUUCUUAAUGAGACAAGUCUGUGGUGGUUUGAGAGAACAAGGCACAUAGUUUCGAAUGCAGUUGUGUCGGCUCCAGAUAAAAAUGUGACAAUAGCGAAGAAAUGUUCAGUUUUCCCUGUUGAGUUUGUUGCUAGAGGGUUUGUCACUGGAAGUACGGAUACUUCUUUAUGGACAGUGUACAAUAAAGGCAAUCGUAACUACUGUGGAAAUGUCCUACCAGAUGGAAUGGUUAAAAAUCAAAAGUUGCCGAAAAAUAUACUCACUCCAACUACCAAAGCUGCAGACCAUGAUGUUCCUGUCACUCCAGAUGAGAUCAUAGAAAAAGGACUGAUGAGUCGAGAUGAUUAUGCAGAAGCGAGUGAAAAAGCUUUAAGGUUGUUUGAAUACGGACAGCAAGUGGCCUCGGACCACGGCCUUAUAUUGGUAGACACUAAAUAUGAAUUUGGGAAGGCAAAUGAUGGAUCAAUUUUGUUGAUUGAUGAGGUCCAUACUCCUGAUUCAAGUAGAUAUUGGAUUGCCAAUUCUUACUUGGAGCGCUUUCAAAAUGGUCUUGAGCCUGAAAAUGUUGAUAAGGAGUUCUUGAGGUUGUGGUUUAAAAGUCAUUGCAACCCUUAUGAAGACGAGGUCCUUCCUGAUGCUCCCGAAGAUCUUGUAUGUGAAUUGGCUUGGCGAUACAUCUUCUUAUACGAGACUAUAACAAAAUCAAAGUUUGAGGUGCAGUCGACCGAGGAGCCAAUACACGACCGAAUUUCACGGAAUGUUGCAACUGCACUAUCAUCCUUAAAGUAGCCUUGGAAUUUAGCUUUGUAUUUUUAAGGAGACCAUACAAAACUCUAUUAAAAACACUAACAGGGAAAAGAUCUGAAAAUAAGUUUUUAUUUUUCUAAAGCAUAUAACUUAAAAAGGAAGCCCCCUUUGUGGAAAGAAUAAAUGAAUUGUUUUUGAAAGCAGGACUAAAUGUACGAGUCUAUUGAUCUUGUAUUAUCCUCAUAACUCAUGGCAGCACGUGGAUUCCAUUUUAUGUAACCCUCCUAUAACCAAUUUAGUGUAUCAAAAGAACAUUUCUGCAGCUAUAGUUUGUCGAAACAGUAGUUCCAUUGUUGGAUAAUAACUUAAUAAGGGUAUCCUCA